AAAGCCACAUGAAUGGAGAUAGAAUAGAGCAGUGUUUUACUAGUGUGCGUGAAAUAGUGUAAGGUGUGCCGUGGGAAAAACACCCGCCGGGUGUUUUUGCGCGGGACAUCUCUGUGUCCCGAAAGUUGCUUUCGGGACACAGGGUUGCCUCUAAGUCCCUGCGGCCCCGCGUUUACUUUAAAAACGCGGGGACCGCCGGUAGGUAGCGCACGCAGGGACGUCACUGACGUCCCAUGCGUUCGCCCAGAGCAACAAUCGCAGAGGACCGGAGCAGCGAGGAGGACGCGCGCUGCCAACUUGGUCUAUAAUAUGGAAUCUUUGCAGGAAAGUUCUGGAGGAACAAUGAGUGGACUAGAAAACCCCAUAUCAGAGAAUGGAAAGAAGCAAUUUUCAUGUCCGGAAUGUGUGAAGUGUUUUACUAGGAAAAUGCAUCUUGUGCUACAUAUGAGAACUCACACAGGAGAGAAGCCAUUUUUAUGCCCAGAAUGUGCGAAGUGUUUUAGUAAUAAAUCAAAUCUUGUAAAACAUCUGAAAAUUCACACAGGAGAGAAGCCAUUGUCAUGUCCAGAAUGUGUAAAGUGUUUUAGGAAUAAAUCCCAUCUCGUGGAUCAUAUGAGAACUCACACAGGAGAGAAACCAUUUUCCUGUCCAGAAUGUGCGAAGAGUUUUAGUCAACAAUCAAGUCUUGUGAAACAUAUGAGAACUCACACAGGAGAGAAACCAUUUUCAUGUCUGGAAUGUGUGAAGUGUUUUAGUCAGAAAACAAAUCUUGUGGAUCAUAUGAAAACUCACACAGGAGAGAAGACCUUUUCAUGUCCGGAAUGUGUGAAGAGUUUUAGGAAUAAAUCACAUCUUAUAAAACAUCUGAAAACUCACACAGGGGAGAAGCCAUUUUCAUGUCCGGAAUGUGUGAAAUGUUUUAGAAUUAAAGAAACUCUUGUGGAACAUCUGAAAACUCACACAGGAGAGAAGCCAUUUUCAUGUCCGGAAUGUGUGAAGUGUUUUACUAGGAAAGUAUAUCUUGUGGAUCACAUGAGAACUCACACAGAGGAGAAACCAUUUUCAUGUCCGGAAUGUGCAAAGUGUUUUAGUCAUAAAUCAUAUCUUGUAACACAUCUGAGAACUCACACAGGAGAGAAGCCAUUUUCAUGUCCGGAAUGUGUGAAGAGUUUUAGUCAAAAAUCAAGUCUUGUGCAUCAUAUGAGAACUCACACAGGAGAGAAGCCAUUUUCAUGCCCGUAAUGUGUGAAGAGUUUUAGUCGUAACUCAAGGCUUGUAAAACAUCUGAGAAAUCACACAGGAGAGAAUCCGUUCUCAUAUACAGUAUAUGGCUAAUGUUUUAACCAAAGGUCAAAUUCAUCUGUAUACAUGAGGACAAACAUAAAGAAGUCAUAUCCAUGUUCAGAAUGUUGAAAAUGUAUUAGUAAGACAUCUUGUUAACCCCUAAACGACCAAGGACCUAAAUGUACGUCCUGGUUUGGCGGGAAUUCCUGCACCAGGGCAUACAUUUACGUCCUGUGUAUGACCGCGAGCAUCGAAACGGUGCGUGCGUCAUACAUGGCAGCUGGGGCUACUAGCAGCCGGGGACCCGCCGGUAAUGGCCGACAUCCGCGGAUGUCCGCCAUUAACCCCUUCAGAUGCCGUGAUCAAUACAGAUCACGGCAUGUGCGGUUCUUUGAAUGGAGGAUCGGCUCGCACGCAGCUCUGCUGCGGCGAUCUGAUCAUCCUGCAUGGUGGACGGAGGUCCCCUCACCUGGCUCCGGCCGUCUCCCGGGGUCUUCUGCUCUGGUCUGAGAUCGAUAUGAGAUGUCCUAUACAUAGCACAAUCAAAGGAUUGCUAUAGAUAGUCCCCUAUGGGGACCUAAAAAGUGUAAAAAU